AUGCUGCAAUUAGAAGAGCAGGUAAUUUAUAUUAAGAACCAAAGGUAUAAAAUAGAAGCAGGUGAAACUCAAGAAAAACUUACCCAAGCCCACAAAAAAAUCAGUAACCUCAGAUCUGAGUCUUUAGCUGAUAAAAAUUUGAUAGGAGAAUUACAGCUAAAAAACGUUCAAAACGAAAAAAUAAUGCUUCAUUUAAGAGAAAGCUUAAAUGAUCUAACGAAUAAGCAUGACAUUAUUUUGCAUGAAAAUACAAAUUUAAGGUCAGAGUUUGAAAAAAGCAAUAGAAUGAUAAGGGCACUGGCUGAAGAAAAAAAGGCAUUAGAAGCACAGCUUAGGCUAUUAGAAAAGGAAGCAGAGAAUUUGACUGUAAAUGCAGAAAACGGGGCUGAAAAUUUGACUCCGAGACCAAAUUUUAAUGGUGCUGAAGAGAUUCAUAAUUUUAAAGGAACAAAUACAAAAGAAAAAGUGUCAGAACUAAUCAAGCUUUUAAAGCAUUUAAAGCUUAUUCAGAAGCCUUCACAUAUUUUUAAAAGAAGAGAAACUUUGAAUUUAAGGAGAAAUAGCUCAAUAAGUGUUCUUCCAAAAAGGAAAAUAGCAAGAAUGUUCUCUGUUGUUGAAAAAAGAGAUGAUAAUUUACAAACUCCUUUAUAA